GCCGGAAGUGGAGUGUAGAGCGUGGCUGCGCGCUGUCAGUCAGUGUGGUGCAGAGUGUGAUCCGCGCGGCGGCGGGGCCAGUCCAGGCGUCUCGUGCAGCUCUGGGCCUCUCAGGCUCCGCGGUCCAAAGGGCACCAUGGACAACAAGGAGUUAAUCGAAUACUUUAAGUCUCAGAUAAAAGAAGAUCCUGACAUGGCCUCAGCAGUAGCUGCCAUCCGGACUUUACUGGAGUACUUGAGAAGAGAUACAGGGGAAACAAUCCAGGGCCUGAGGGCGAAUCUCACCAGUGCCAUAGAAACCCUGUGUGGCGUGGACUCUUCCGUGGCCGUGUCGUCGGGCGGGGAGCUCUUCCUGCGCUUCAUCAGCCUUACCUCCCUGGAAUACUCUGAUUACUCCAAAUGUAAAAAGAUCAUGAUUGAGCGGGGAGAGAUUUUCCUCAGGAGGAUAUCACUGUCAAGAAAUAAAAUUGCAGAUUUGUGCCAUACUUUCAUCAAAGAUGGGGCGAGAAUAUUAACACAUGCCUACUCCAGAGUGGUCCUGAGAGUCUUGGAAGCUGCAGUGGCAGCCAAGAAGCGCUUCAGUGUGUACAUUACAGAGUCACAGCCUGACUUAUCAGGUAAGAAGAUGGCCAAAGCCCUCUGCCACCUCAAUGUCCCCGUCACUGUGGUCCUUGAUGCUGCAGUUGGCUACAUCAUGGAGAAGGUGGAUCUUGUCAUAGUUGGUGCUGAAGGAGUUGUUGAAAACGGAGGAAUCAUUAACAAGAUUGGAACCAACCAGAUGGCCGUGUGUGCCAAAGCACAGAACAAGCCAUUUUAUGUUGUUGCGGAAAGUUUCAAGUUUGUACGACUCUUCCCACUAAACCAGCAGGAUGUCCCAGAUAAGUUUAAGUACAAGGCGGAUACUCUGAAGUCUGUACAGACUGGACAGGACCUCAGAGAGGAGCACCCGUGGGUCGACUACACCUCGCCUUCCUUAAUCACACUGCUGUUUACAGACCUGGGGGUGCUGACGCCCUCUGCCGUCAGCGACGAACUCAUCAAGCUCUACCUGUAAACACCAGGUCCUUUCCUGCUGGUGGACGUCGGAUAUGGGGAGUAGUCUCUUGGCCCCUCAGUGAGCCAGGCCAAAACUGAAUUGUUUUUUCUGAAGUUUUAUGGACUAAGGACUUAAAAUCCUAACUCUUGGGAAAUUUUUUAUUCAUUUCAGUCCCAUCUAAAAUGCAUUCAUGGUUCCCCUAAAGCCCAGCCUAAAUUGUGCUCUUAUGGUUUCCAUAUAUUUCCAGACGCUUCCAUUCAUGUCCAGUUUCCAGUAAUAUAAGAUUAUUGGCUGUUUGAUGGAUGAAGAUGUGCCCACUCCCCCUCCCUUCAUCUUCCCCACACUCCAGACUGAUUUGCCAAAAGUAUCCUUGAAAGACAAGCAGGCCCAAGAGGGCAGUGGUCCAAACUACAGCCAACUACCCCUCCAGCAACCAACAGCUGCCCGCGACCAGGCUCCACGCAGUGCUGGGUGAAAAAGGCAGGCAACACUCACUGAAUCAGGCUCCCAGUGGUGAAUACGAGCUGAGGGCUGUCAUCUCCACAAAAGGAUCAAGCCAAACAGAAUGGAAACUACUGCAAGAACCCAAGAACAGGUACUAAUGGCCUCUUUGGCCUGAGUAUCCUGCAUGGCUCAUCAGUUACGAAGACGCCUUCCAAAAUAUUUGCAAACUUAAAAUUCUGUAUCUGGGAAAAGAUGUGACUUGAAACAUGUUUGGGUCCUGAACAGCUUUUUAAAAUUGUUCUUGGGAACAAAUUCAGCAUCUUUUCAAAUAAAUUACAUGAAAGAUUUUGA